AUGGCCGUACCGCGAUUUAUACAAGCAUUACCGUUUACGGCAGCUGGAUUUGAUCUGGGAUUACGCGACGCGGCCGCGCUGUACCCGGGAAUGCUCAACGUCACUCUGGAAUACAUCUCGCCUAAGGAACUAGCAAUCUGCCCGGAUUUUGACUUGUCUUAUCAUGUCGUUGCCGAAUACUAUUACAGGAGAUGCACAGAUGGAAAUACUGUUUGCGCAUUAUUUUAUCCAGGUUGCAAUCCUACAAUAACAUUAGCCAGCUUGGGAAGAGAAUGGAAUUUAUUCACGUUAAACUCUGGGACGACCUUUUCCCACCUUCGCGACCGUGCCUUGUAUCCGUCAACCAUCGAUUUCGCCCCGUUUCAGUACACUCCAUACGGUGCCAGUGUACUGGGUUUUUUACAUAAGCACAACUGGACAUCCGUGGCCAUGGUGUAUGAUAAUUCCACUCGGCAGAUUUUUAACGUUAUGGUGUAUAAUGCAAUCGAGAAGCAUCUGCGGAUCAAUGGCAAGUCCAUACGGUUUUAUUCGUACCCGAUUAACAACAGCGACAGUGUGGAUUUUGAUCUGGUGGUCACACGUGUUGCCCAGGUCGCUCGAGUUGUGCUGAUCAGCACUCUCCCUGACACUGCGAGGAACUUAUCCAUGGCAUUAUAUCGUCUCGGCGCACCUGCAACUGAAUUUGUACGCAUCUAUAUGGACGGUCCCAGUAAUCCGUUUGGUCCCUUAAAAUAUGCGGUCGGAGAUGCGGACGAUGAGGUUGCCAUGAAAUCCUUUUCUGGCAUGUUCGUGCUUACAGCCUGCUACGACUACAGACCGGAAAUGUCUCUCCUGCUUUCGGAGAUGAAAGAUAGGGCAAUUAGCAAAUACAGCGCGACAUUUCGUGGAGGAAGCGGGCCUUCGCAUUUUGUUGUUGCGGCCUAUGCCUCAGUCUUGCUUUAUCAUCAGGCACUCGCCGAAAUGAUAGCGAAAAACUUGGAUAUUCGUGAUGGGACAGCUGCUGCUAAUAUACUGAUAAAUCGUACUCUAAGCUUCCCCAGUGUCGGCCGGGUUUUCCUAAAUGAAUAUGGCGAAAGGCAGGAUAUGAUGUGCCUAACAAAUUUUCAGCCAAGCACUGGAACAUUCGAGACAGUCAUGCGCUAUGACAGUCCUACAUCGCAUCUGGUCCUCGCGGCAAACUACUCGAUCAAAUGGGGAACAUGGAAUAACCAACCGCCAAGAAAUAUGCCCGUGUGCGGAUAUGGAAACGAUAUGUGUCAAGAAUCCAUAAUUGUACCAGUGUUACUUGGAACAUUCUCUGCAGUUAUGCUGAGUGCGCUGGCAACCAUCCUUUACAUUAGAAAAGCUCGGAUAAAUGAUCAAGAUGCUGAAUGGUGGAACAUCGAUCUAAACAAAAUGAUGAGACCUCGACUACGAUCCACACUUGUGUCCAACUUAAAUCUGUCUGGAACACGACGGAUUUCACGGAUCUCACGGGUUACAAGUGUUCAGCAGGAUAUCAUGACGUACAAUGGACAUUCCGUUAGACUGCAGAUUAUUAAAAUUACUCAUAAGCCGGUUUUUCGAAAGUCUACUCAAGAUAUGCUAAACGAGGUGCGUCGUCUAGCUAAUUUCUCCCAAAACAUUAACCGGCUCGUCGGCAUUGCCAUACAACCAACGAUGGUCACCUUUGUUAAGACAUGUUGUCAGCGUGGCGGACUGGAUGUUCUGCUGGAAGAGUUUACCGUUGACAAUAAUCUGAAAAUUUCCCUCAUUUGGGAUAUUGUCCAAGAAUUUACGAUAUCUUAG